CCACUUACAAUCCUCUACUAUUCAAUCGUCUCUCGGUGGAUAGUGUAAUUACUCAUGUUUCCUUGCAUGUGGAAACAUUGUUGAAAAAUUCUCAAAUAUUUGUAGUGAAAAUGAAGUUAAUUGUUAUAUAUUCGAUGUAUCUCUUCACCUUAAACUGUGACCAACUUUGUAAGGCUCUACAACCAACAGAAUACAUCUGCAAACUUUGUGUCAAGCCUGGAGAAAUAACAGAUCUAGAAAUGUUUAGCAACGACACUUACAAACUAGCAGUUUGCGUCAAUCAAUCUUACAGCAACUACACUUCUGUACUAAUAGCUAACCACACCCUAACAAUAAACAAUUCUUUAAAUAAAUUGGGUUGUCGAUGGACAGUGGCAGAGCUCUGCGGUGACAAGCACGUCCUACAGUUCGAAUUCAAGAGAAAUAAUACAAAAUCUCAACUUAAGUAUAAAAUUCAGCAAAAUGAAGGACUAAUGAAUGAAUCGCAAUACUCAUUUAAAUUAAAUAUAAUUGGUCCCCUGCGAUUUUGUGAGAACGACAGUUCUGAUGCUCUGAUUACGAAUACGAUACAUGAAGCAAUUCUCAUCCACAUUUGUUAUGUUUCGGACUCUAAAUCUAUUAAUCAAUUAAUCAUCAAUAAUAAAACGUAUGCUGUUAACACAACGGAUUCAGAGGAUUCUGUAGUUUUCAGUGUAGACAAUUACAUUGAGACCUAUCAACACUUUCUUGUAAUAUACAUCAGAAACAUUUCUGCUAGUCAUGCUAACAACUACACAGUUGACAUUUCUCAAUUCAAACGGGAAAGCCUCCAGGCUCAUUUCCAAAUAAUAUUAGAAAAUGAACAAGACUUUUCAGUGAUUGGCUGCGAUGGAAAAGAAUUGUAUUUAUUUUAUUUUAUUGCCAUGAACGAAAACUUUUCAUUAUGUCUGAAACUCCAGUCUUCUUUUCAGAAUAUCACAAUUACAAAUGUAACAUACAAUUUGAUCGGUAGUAUAAACCAUCCCAAAGGACUAGAGCCUGACAAUGUGAAAAUAAACAUAACCCGUCAACAGAUUAACAUUUUGAUACAUAAUAUAAACUUUCUCAACUUUGGACGAAAUGAUUUAUAUAUUAUGUUUGGAAUAUAUAACAAAAGCUAUACAUUCUACCUUUUUGAGGAUACAGAGGAGAAGUUUUCCGUGUCGGAGAAAGCACACAACUAUGGAGGCAAACAAAACUUUGUGUUUUCUUUUCAGCAGUACGGAAUUUCAGACAAAACGAUUUUAGUAAACAAUGAAAGUUUUCCAAUUUUUCACAAUAUUAGUGAGGGCGAUGUAUUUAGUUAUGGCACAAUUGGACGAGAUUCGUUUAUUUGGAAAGAAAGAAACCAAAUAGUUGUGUCUAGUGCAUGGAACCCAACACUCAACUCAAAAUGCAUUUAUAUAUACGUGUUGUGUACACUAUGGACUCAAUUGCAAAUACAGGAAAUGUCCACUAACAAAGUAUUCACAUUUAAUAUAAAUAGUUCAGUUUGUAUUCCAGAAGCUGGAACAGAUGAACCAGGUGUUACUGAUAUAUCCAUAAACUCUACGGUAACAAAUGUCGCUCUAAUACCAGAUCAUUCCAGUGUGAAUCUAUUCCUCAUACCAACAGUUAUAUUUAUAGUGUGUAUGUCUUUGCUGAUACUCGCCAUGAGACUUCUACAACGAGCUAAAAACAGAAACAAGACAACAAUAACUGCUUUAGAAAGAUCUUAUAUAUCAAGUGGAUCUGAUGUCAUGGAUACAGGGACGUAUGUGAAUAUCAACCAGACGUCUGAGAGUAUCUACAUGAAUGUCCAGACUGGAAGAGAGAAUACUGCAAGAUACGUCACGAAUGCCAAUGGUCCGAGUGACCAGAGCCACCAACAUAUUUAUAUGAACUCUAGAAGUCUGGAGAGAAGAGCUUUGCUGAAUGCUUCAAAUAGCACUCUGGACGACGAGGAAAGUGAUGGUCGACACAUUAGUGAAGACGGUCUGGUCUACGUCACAGUUUCUACUGAUGAGAAUGUCCGAAAGGUCAAGCCAUCGAGAUCUAGGAAGAGUGAAAUCAAUUACGCAUCACUGGACCUGCAGAGAUCUGGGAAACUUAUUUUACGAGACCAUAGACGUACGAGACACCUCAAAUAAUUUGCUUUCGUUUUUGUUAUGAUCACUGGUUGUAAUUAAAAGUUAGAUUUUUAUUGAGAAUGUUUAUUAAAACUAAUUUUAUGUUCUUAAAUGCCCUCUGACUGUAUACAUGAAAAAAAUGAAAACUAAUCAAAUGAACUUUUCAUUGUGUGUAAUUUGAAUGUAUGCAUUGUUUGUGUCAUUUGGCUUUUGAUAUUUAAAAAAAAAAAAUAAUUUAAUUUUUAAAAAGUUUUUCCUUUUUAUUCUAUACUUCGUGCAUAAUGUACAUAUUCCAAGAAUAUAAUUAGAAGUCCACACACAGACACACACUGUCAACUACUUAUUAGCCUGCAGUUAUAUGUUUAUAAUGGCAAGACCGCACCCCAAAUAACGAUGUCCUUGCGAACGCCGGUAUGGGAAGUAUUGAGGGGCUUCUGAUGGUCUGACAGUUACGCUGGGCAGGGGGUAUGGGGGACGAACGUAUGCUGAAAGCAAGUCUUUUUUUUUUGGGUGAGCUGAAAGUUGGUCGACGUAACACAGGUGCUCGACGGAAACAUUUUAAAGACCAGCUUAGGCGCGAACUUGUUUGAACUGACAUAGAAGAGAGCACUUGGUUGCAGGUAGCUAUAGAACGAGGCAGCUAAAGGUCACUACUUACAAAGGCUGCAAGAUACACAUUUGAGACCAAAAGAAAAUCCACUGCUGAGGACAGACGUAGAUGCCUAGAUGGCGUAAAGAUAAUGUAAAUCUACUACCGGUGGACAAUGGCUAUGCCUGCACUAGAUGGCGUAAAGAUAAUGUAAAUCGACUACCGGUGGACAAUGGCUAUGCCUGCACUAGAUGGCGUAAAGAUAAUGUAAAUCGACUACCGGUGGACAAUGGCUAUGCCUGCACUAGAUGUGUCAAAAUAAGUUGGUUGCAGCUGGGGUUGCUUAGCCAAGGGAUAUACUGCAUCUCUCAUUAAUCUUCGGACUCGAAGACAAGCCUUAUUAUUAAAAUUAUUAUUAUAAUAGUGUUACCAACUUUAAAGGAGAAUAUAUUCGUGUUAUAAAGGCUGUAUUUUGUUUUACAAUGUAACUAGGAAAGAACCAUAAUCUGAUAUUGUAAAAAUUACUUAAAUCAUGGAGUCGUUUCCCUUUCCAUGCCUAAAGACCCAUAACAAACUUUAGUCUUUAUAUUCUAAAUUAUGAAGCUUCAAACAUGUGAUAGAAAUUUACCUAGAAUUAGAGAUAAUGAUAUAAAAAUGGGUUCUAGUUUAACAUAUAUUCAAUAGUUACUUAAAAAUGA